AUGGCAGACCGCUACAUCUCCGCCCACAAAACGCCCAACGGGCCGGGAGACGCGCGCCCAACAGCCGCCCAGAUCAUCAAGGACGAGGCCCUCGACGGCGGCCAGCUCGGCGGCCAGACCGCCCUCAUCACCGGCUGCUCCGCCGGCAUCGGCGUCGACACCGCAAAGGCCCUGUACGCCGCCGGCGCCACGCUAUUCCUUACCGCGCGGGAUCUUGCCAAGGCCCGCGCUGCGCUGGGGGAUGCCCUCGUCGGUGAUGGCGAGCGUGUGCACCUGCUGCAGCUUGACCUCGAGUCUUUCGACAACGUGCGGGCUUGUGCGGCCGAGUUCCUUUCCAAGAGCGCGACUCUCAACUUGCUGAUCUGCAACGCGGGAGUCAUGACGCCCCCAGAGGGCCGUACGAAGGACGGCUUCGAGACACAGUUCGGAACCAACCACCUCUCGCACUUUCUCCUCUUCAACCUCUUGCAGCCCGCGCUCCUCGCCGGCGCCGCUACCUCAAACCGGGCCUCGCGCGUCAUCGUCCUCUCGUCGCUCGCCCACCGCUUCGGCGAGGUCAACUUCGAUAACUUCAACUUUGACGGCAACUACGACCCCUGGACCGCCUACGCGCAGAGCAAAACUGCCAACGUGUGGACGGCCAACGAGAUCGAACGGCGGUACGGCAGCCAGGGCGUCCACGCGUGGAGCGUGCAUCCCGGGGCCGUGCUGACCGAUCUGAUGCGGCACAUGUCCGACGCCGAGAAGACCGGGUUCCAUGAGGACCCCUUGCUGGCCAAGAUGUUCAAGAAUUCGGAGCAAGGAGCUGCGACAAGCGUCUGGGCCGCCACUGCUGCGGCUCUGGAAGGUCAAGGCGGGAAGUACCUAGAGGACUGCCGGAUCACCGGGCCCUGGGACCCUUCGGUCGGUGAGUUUGGCCCGGGGUACGCGACGUACGCGUAUGACGUGGAAAAGGCAACCAAGCUGUGGAACAAGUCUAGGGAGUUGGUUGGUUUGCAAUGA